AGCACGCACGCCGGCCACAGCUCCCCCUUUGCGCUAGCUCGAACGUUCCCAAACAAGGCCAUGGAGGCCUACUGCUCCACCUUGGUGAAAGACGAGCUCAUCAAUGGCGGCGGCGGGGGGUCAGCAGGAGGGAUGCGGUACUGCGAGGCGGCGCCGCGCGUCUCGCCGCCGGUGGCGAUCAAGAGCGUGAAGAGACGGAAGAGGGAGCCGCCGGCGGUGUCGGGGAUGACGACGGUGAGCGGCGGCGGGAAGGACGGCGACAAGUCGGCGGGCAAUGCGGCGGCCAAGAGGAGCUCCAGGUUCAGGGGCGUCAGCAGGCAUCGUUGGACUGGCAGGUUCGAGGCGCACCUGUGGGACAAAGGCACGUGGAACCCGACGCAGAAGAAGAAAGGAAAGCAAGUUUAUCUUGGGGCGUACAACGAGGAAGAAGCGGCGGCGAGAGCGUACGACCUGGCGGCGCUCAAGUACUGGGGACCUACCACCUACACCAACUUCCCGGUGGUGGACUACGAGAAAGAGCUGAAGGUGAUGCAGGGCGUGUCGAGGGAAGAAUACCUAGCCUCCAUAAGAAGGAAGAGCAACGGGUUCUCGCGUGGCGUGUCCAAGUAUCGUGGCGUGGCGCGGCACCACCACAACGGGCGGUGGGAGGCCCGGAUCGGGCGUGUCUUCGGGAACAAGUACCUGUACCUAGGCACCUACAGCACCCAGGAGGAGGCCGCCCGCGCCUACGACAUCGCCGCCAUUGAGUACCGGGGCAUCAACGCUGUCACCAACUUCGACCUCAGCUCCUACAUCCGAUGGCUCAAGCCCAACUCCACCAUCAACACCAACACCCCCGCCGCCGAAUUAGCCAUCCUCGGCGGCGGCGGCACGCCCGCGGCACUGAUCACGCCGCCGCCGACGAUGCACGUUCCCCGCCUGCUACCGCCGCUCGUAAAGGGAAGGGGUAGCUCGAUCGCCGACGAUGUGUCUGCCGGGUCCUGCGUGUUCGGCGGCCCGUCGCCGUCACCGUCACCAACCACGACGGCGCUCAGUUUGCUGUUGCGGUCAUCCGUGUUCCAGGAGUUGGUCGCGCAGCAGCAGCCUCCGUCGACCGUGGAUGACGAUGAUGACAUCGGUGGUCACGCGGCGGUGUCCGACGCGGCCCAAAGAGCAGCGGAGGAGAACGAGGAGUCAUUCGGCGAGGUGUUGUACGGUGCCGGCGAGGGGGAGGCGGCAACGGCAUUCUCGUGCUCCAUGUACGAGCUGGGCCUGGACGACAAUUUCGCGCGCAUCGAGGAGUCCCUCUGGGGCUGCUUGUGAAUUACCGUGAUAUGAUAUUCCGGAGUAAUACCCAAAGUUUUAAAUAACAUGUUAAGCAAUUUAGGGGUAGCUUGAAAAUCAGUGCUAAAGCAAGUUAUAGCGCCGCUGUAGCGCGCUAUUUGUUUAUGGCA